UCCUCCGCGCUACUUAUUGCGAGAAUGUCAUUGUACUUGCAAUUGUUAUCCCCGUGUAUUUUAUCGUCGAAUCAUCGCGAUACGUUGCAACUGUCGCAACUCUCGACGAAUAAUAAGUAUCGGAUCUCGUCGCGAUACACCGCGAAAUUUAUCGAGUGCGUAUGCACGCGGUUCGGACGAUCGGAUACAGGCAUCGAUACCUCUUCACAUAGUUUUUCGCUAAGACGUCUUUAGACCCAUUUUAUUAAUUGCGAGGGUAAAAAAAUUCGUCAACAACAACCAGGUCUCGUCGAAACGUGUAGUCGGGGUGAAUCGUUAGCCCUUACGUUCGAAUAUCAUCGGACCCUGAGAAUAUCGAUCGAUGGUUAAAAAAAGGCACGAAACGACGAAAGGAGGCAUGACCACGUGACCAUCUGACCUUAGCGCCACGCACCUCACGGCUAUUCGUAGAGAGAGAGCAAAAAAAAAAAAAUCUAAUCACCAUUCAGCGCUAUCCGAGAAUCGAAGAAACCGAUCGUGAUCGUCGUAGUCUCGACAAGAAUCGUCGGGAGGUCGGUAAAAUGGUCGGAGGCGGCGCGCCGGUUCAGCAACUGCUACCCGAUUCCAUCGGGCAGUCGUCCUCGCUGCGCGAAGGUCGAAAACUUUAUCAAUACCUCGCCGCAGGGGUAGCUGGACUGCUCGCUCUUCAGGUGGGCAUUGUCCUGGCGUGGACGUCGCCGAUGUUACCCUACCUGACGUCGGAAGAAUCCUUCGUCACGGUUACGGAUGAGCAAAGUUCCUGGAUAACCUCGUUGGCCGCGAUCGGUGGAUUACUCGGUGCACUUCCGGCGGGAAAAUUGGCGGACAGCGUCGGACGACGUCGUUCGAUGUUGGUGAUGGGCAGCCCGUUUCUACUGUCCUGGAUAUUGUUGGUACUCGCGACGGACAUAUGGAGCCUUUACGCGGCGAGAUUGAUCGCCGGUAUCGGCAGCGGGGCUAAUUGCGUUCUGUCUUUGAUGUACGUCGGAGAAAUAGCGGAGACCUCGGUGCGGGGUACUUUGUCGUCGACCUUCGCCGUUCUGAUAGCGUGCGGAAUUUUGUACGCGUACGCGGCCGGUUCGAUGCUCAGCUACCGAAUAUUCGCCACGUCCUGCGGCGUCUUGAUCCUCGUUUUCUUCGUCCUGUCCCCUUUCCUCACGGAAUCGCCCACGUGGCUGGUACAACGGAGUCGUAAAAUCGAGGCGAACGAAGCGCUCCUGAAACUGAGGGGUCCCGAGUACGACACCAAGGCGGAAAUCGCGCUACUUCAAUCCCAUGCCGUCGAACAGGAGUCGAAAAAGGGCGGGAUUAGGGACCUCGUGGGAACCCGUGCGGGUCGAAAAGCGAUGACUACGUGCCUCGGCCUGAUGUUCUUUCAACAAUUGUCCGGAAUAGACGCGGUACUAUCCUACACCGUGUCGAUAUUCCAAAUGGCGGGAAGUACGAUAGAACCGUUCGUCGCCACCGUUAUCAUCGGCCUCGUCGAAGUCGUGAUGUCGGUGACAGUUGUCGUCAUAAUCGACAGGGUAGGUCGUCGUCCGUUGUUGAUAAUUUCCGGUACAAUAAUGGCCAUGUGCUUGGCGAUUCUCGGCUACUAUUUCAAGUUGAAAAAUUCCGGUACCGACGUCAGCGGUGUCGGUUGGAUACCCCUGGUUUCUUUGACCGUCUACAACGUAGUGUUUUCCAUCGGUUAUGGUUCCAUACCGUGGACGAUGAUAAGCGAACUAUUUCCCCCGGAAACCAAGGGCGUUGCCAGCAGCAUUUCCCUGGCAGUAAAUUGGGCGCUGGUAUUCGCCGUUACUAAAUUAUUCCCAACGAUGAUUCAGCACCUCGGCGAAAGCGUAACGUUCUGGAUAUUCGCGGCGCUUAUGAUUUUGGCAACCCUAUUCUCGUUGCUCGUUGUACCCGAGACUAAGGGGAAAUCACUCGAUCAGAUACAGUCGAAACUGAGCAGAGGAAGGACCGGCGUAUCUCUUCACACCUUCGGAAAUGCGCAAGGAGUUAAUCUUUGAUAAAAGUCAGAUGAUCGGUCGAAAGAUCUCGCAGGUAUCUCUGUUGUAAUCGAUGUUGCGCUUUUAGUUCACGGUAAAAAAAAAAAAAAAAACAAAUUAUACGUCAAAUAAUAAAAAGUAUCGUUCGCA